GCGCAACCGUUCUUACGCGCGUAAAAAUUUUGCCGCUUUUAUUCAAUGCGCAGCGUGCUGCGCGAGGUUAGAAACUUAAAUUUCGCUGCUUGAAGUCUGCAAAGCAAUCAUAACAACAAUAAUUGAAGCCGGUCGCUGGUGGUUAUGUUUCAACGUAUUUUACGAAUUUCAUUUUAAUCCAGUGAAAAACAGUGUUAUCUUUCUUCCAAAAGUUUACAAAACAAAAGAAAAAUGGAGCUCACUGAUGACAAUCUCAUUACUUUGAGCGAAUAUCUCAAACAAACACUCAACCCUGAUGUGAAACUUCGGCGGCCUGCUGAAAAAUUUCUUGAAUCAGUUGAACUGAAUCAAAAUUAUCCUCUACUUUUGUUGCACUUGGUGGACAAAGCAGAAGUAGAUCUAACUAUAAGAGUAGCUGGAGCUAUUGCUUUUAAAAAUUAUGUUAAAAGAAACUGGAAAAUCGAAGAGGAUUCUGUAAAUAAAAUUCAUCAACAAGAUAGAGAUGCUAUAAAGAAACUCAUUGUAAAUUUAAUGCUUCAUUCACCAGAAGGAAUACAGAAACAGUUAUCUGAUGCAGUUUCUGUGAUAGGUAGGCAUGAUUUUCCUGAAAGAUGGCCAGAAUUAAUUGAUCAGAUGGUAGAAAAAUUUGGUACAGGAGAUUUCCAUAUAAUUAAUGGAGUCCUGCAUACUGCUCACUCAUUGUUCAAGAGAUAUAGAUAUGAAUUUAAAAGUCAAGAACUGUGGACUGAAAUUUUAUAUGUAUUGCAAAGAUUUGCUGCACCAUUAACAGAUCUUUUUGUUGCUACUGUGAAUUUAACUCAAACUCAUGCCAAUGAUGUCAAUGCAUUGAAAAUUAUUUACAAUUCGUUGACCAUAAUAUGCAAAGUAUUUUAUUCUUUGAACUAUCAGGAUUUACCAGAAUUUUUUGAAGAUAAUAUGGCUACAUGGAUGACCAAUUUUCAUAAUUUAUUAGUUGUUCAAAUACCAGCAUUACAGUCAGAUGAUGAAAGUGAGGCUGGAGUUAUAGAACAAUUAAAAUCUCAAGUUUGUGACAAUGUUUGUCUGUAUGCUCAAAAAUAUGAUGAGGAAUUUGGGCCAUUUCUACCACAAUUCGUAACAGCUAUUUGGAAUUUGUUAACUUCUACAGGAGCACAAACAAAAUACGAUGGGUUAGUUUCAAAUGCCCUGUCAUUUUUGGCUACUGUUGCUGACCGUUCUCAGUAUAGAAGUCUAUUCCAAGAUCCCGCUACUCUUAGCAGCAUAUGCGAAAAAGUUAUAAUUCCUAACAUGGAAUUUAGGGAAUCAGAUCAUGAGUUGUUUGAAGACAACCCUGAAGAAUAUAUAAGACGUGAUAUUGAAGGUAGUGAUGUAGACACUAGAAGAAGGGCUGCAUGUGAUCUUGUGAAAGUUCUUUCUAAAUAUUUUGAAGAUAAAAUAAUGGAAAUUUUUGGUUCUUACAUUGAUGCUAUGCUUCAAAAAUAUGUAUCGAAUCCUACUCAAAACUGGCAUAGCAAAGAUGCUGCUAUUUACCUUGUCACAAGCAGUGCUAGUAAAGGCCAAACUCAAAAACACGGUGUGACAGCAACUAGUAAUCUUGUGCCUCUUCCUCAAUUUGCCGCACAACACAUUGAACCAGAACUUGCAAGACCUGAAGUGAACGAACUUCCAGUUUUGAAAGCUGAUGCUAUCAAAUUUAUCAUGAUAUUUAGAUCUGUUUUGCCUCGAGAACAAGUUGUUGGUAGUUUGCCUAAUAUAAUUAGGCAUUUAAUUGCAGUGAGUCCUGUUAUUCACAGUUAUGCUGCUUGUGCAAUUGAUAAAAUCCUAUGUUUGAAAGCUCCUGACAAUACAUCACUAGUUAAAACUGAAGAAAUCACUGUUAUUUCUGAAGUGCUGUUAAAUAAUUUGUUUGCGGCAACUGAUAUGCCAGGUGCAGAAGAAAAUGAAUACAUAAUGAAAGCCAUUAUGAGAAGUAUUGCAGCACUACAAGAUGCAGUAUUGCCUUAUUUAGCUCAUUUGCUGCCUAAACUUACUGAAAAAUUGAACGUUGUUGCUAAAAACCCAAGUCGUCCGAAUUUCAAUCAUUACUUGUUUGAAACUUUAAGUUUAUGUAUCAAAAUUGUUUGCAAAGCCAGACCAGAAGCGGUUUCAACAUUUGAAACAGUCCUAUUUCCAACUUUCCAGAAAAUUUUACAAGAAGAUAUCCAAGAGUUUAUUCCUUAUGUAUUUCAAAUUCUGGCACUGCUUUUGGAAUUACAAACAGGCAGUGUACCUGAAUCUUACAUGGCACUAUUUCCUUGUUUGUUGGCGCCUGUUUUAUUUGAAAGGCAGGGAAAUAUUCAUCCUUUAAACCGACUUUUACAAGCGUUUGUUAAUCAUGGAGCUCAACAGAUUAUGGCUCAAGAUAAAAUAAGUGGUUUACUUGGAGUUUUUCAAAAAUUAAUUGCUUCAAAAACGAAUGAUGUCGAAGGUUUCUUAUUAAUGCAAGAAAUUAUUCAGCACUUCCCACCGAAUGUUUUGGAACCUUUUAUGAAGCAGGUCUUUAUAUUAUUGUUCCAAAGGCUCUCAUCUAGUAAAACUACAAAGUUUGUGAAAAAUCUCAUAGUAUUUUUUUCAUACUAUACUAUUCAGUAUGGAGCCAACAAUUUAAUAAGUAUUAUAGAUACAAUCCAACCACAAAUGUUCGGUAUGGUUGUAGAACGAGUACUCCUCACGGACUUGCAAAAAGUCGCAGGAGCUAUUGAACGGAAAGUAACUGCUGUUGGAGUGUCCAAUAUUCUAAUCGAUUGUCCAACGAUGCUAAAAGCUCCUUACAAUGCGUACUAUCCUCAAUUAUUAGCCGCUGUCAUAGAAUACUUCGAGAAACCGCAAGAUAAUUCGGAGUCACCUGAAGACAAUGUUCAAUUUAUAGAAAUCGAAGAUAGUGGCUAUCAAGCUGCUUACAGCCAACUUGCAUUUGCUAAAAACCCCAAACCCGAUCCUUUGCCUCAUAUUACCGAUGUGCGUUUACAUUUGGCCCAAGGUUUAGGAAAAUUGCAGCCUGGACAAUUAUCUACUUUGCUUGGACAAAUUCCAGAAACCAACGCUAACCAUCUCAGAGCUUACCUACAAACAGCUGGUAUUUCUGUUGCAUAAUGUAAGGUUGAGGUACGAGGUAGAUUAAAAAUGCAUCUAAUGGCCCGUAAAUUCAACAGUAUCGAAUUAAAUAGCUCAUAAUUAAGUGUUGAAAUUCCUUACUUCGAUACAAAUGAGGCAAUACCUUUUUUAUAUUCUGGACAAAACUAAAAGUGAUAAAAAAGAACUAGAUUGAUUAUUAAAAAAAUAUUCAUUAUUUAAGUUUUAGAAUUUGUACAAAAUGGAAAAAUCCGAACAUCUAAAAUUCAAUCUGUUGUUAUAUUUUUUAUCACUAUUAGGUCACUUACAGUAUCUUUGUAGUUGAAUCAUUUCAAAUGAUUAAGUAAUGCAAAUUUCCAUUGUUAAAAAGUUUUAUUAUAUUUUUCCGAUGAAAAAUUGAAUAAUAAUUACGAAACGUUCAAUCAUCACUAACUAGCAAGCUCGAAAAAAAUGAAAUAAUAUUGUACAUCGAUUUUUAUUCUUAAACUCUUGAACUCCAGUUUUUAUAAAACUU